GUCAGGAAGCUAGCACAAUACCGUUUCUGUUUCCAAAGAAGAAUAUAAAACACCCUGCAUCGCCUCACUGUGCUGCUCCUAGAGCCGCUAAAGCUAACCCUUGCCGGCUGUAGGCCCAAGGCUUUUCUUUCGACCGACGCACCAUUCAUUGAACCUGAAAGCGAAGCCUGUCAAAAUGAGUGCAGCCUCCUCCCAAAAAGUUGUCCUGAAAAGCACCACCAAAGUGUCCCUAAAUGAGCGCUUCACUAACAUGCUGAAGAACAAGCAGCCCACUGCAGUAAGCAUUCGAGCCACCAUGCAACAGCAGCAUUUGGCCAGUGCCCGCAAUCGUCGGUUGGCCCAGCAGAUGGAGAACCGGCCCUCAGUGCAAGCUGCUCUGAAUCAUAAGCAGAGCCUGAAGCAGCGCCUGGGGAAGAGCAACAUCCAGGCCAGGCUGGGCCGGCCUGUUGGGGCUCUGAUGCGUGGAGGAGCUGCUCUAGGCAGAGGAGGAAUGCGGGGAAUGACCAGGGGAAGCCUCAGAGGACGAGCCAGAGGAGGAGUAAUGAGGGGAGCUCUGUCCCUGAGAGGGAAGCGAGUGCCUACAGGUGCCCCCAUGCGAGGCCGUGGCUCUGCUGGUCGCCUGGUGAUGCGUAGAGGAGGCCGCCAUCGUGGAGGAGCUGCUGGUAGAGGAGGGGCUCUGUCCCGAGGAGCAGCACGAGGCGGAGUAGCCAGAGGUCGUGGUGGACUGCGUGGUCGUGGUGGUUUUGUUGGCCGAGGUGGUCGCGGCCGUGGGCGGGGCCGCGGUAUUGGCCGACCAGCUGUGACCCGUGAACAACUGGACAACCAGCUGGACGCCUACAUGUCAAAGACCAAAGGUCAUUUGGAUGCUGAGCUGGAUGCCUACAUGGCCCAGGCAGACCCAGACAGUAUGGAGUGACCCUGAAGAACUCUGAAUCUGAAGCACAUGCAGAGUCACUGCAGAACUGUACAACUGACCUCACACAUACAGUGUAGUGUUAAUGUGCUGAGAAAUGAUUGUGUUCAUAAUUUAGGUAAGAGUGGUGACUGUCCAGGACUCAGCAGGAAAUCAAGUUGCCAUCUGAAUGUGCUUCGACAGCUAGUCAAUUCUGCAUCAACCAUUCUGGAAUAAUUGUGUGAAGGGACCUUUUUAAACAUUAACAAACCCUGCUGUCUAUACACUUCUGUGGGUUUUUUGUUUGUUUGUUUGUUUGUUUGUUUGUUUUUUACAUCUAUAUAUCCUGUAACACUUUGGGACAGAAAUGCAUAAUGGUUUAAACUGGUCAAUGAUCCAGGUGGUAUUGUGUUAACCUUCUGUUGAAGCCAAUUUUGAACUACACCUUUUUUAAAAGACUUUUAUUUUAAAUUUGAUUUUAGCAUUGGUGUGCUCGGAUCUGCUGGGAUUCAUUCAUUAACUUAUCUUCAAAACAUCAGCGAUGAAAAACUUCUAAAUGAUUAGAUGAAAAAGAAUGUAAGCAAAACGUCUUUAAGCCAAGUGUCCAUUUGACUGUUUUAUUUUUGAAAGAUGUAAUACUUUGAAGCUUUUUUUGUUCCUCUGUAUCUCCCACUUGUCAGCAUUCUUUAUUGAGUGUAGGCAUUCUGAACUGAGCAUUUCUAUGACAUUACCCAAAGCAAGUAAAAUAGGUUUUAAUUAAAAUGGAAAUGGUGAGUUCCCUUAUUGUGUAGGUUGUAUGAAUUUUAAAUGCCCUUGAGUAAAAUUGUUGACCACAAAUUAAAUAUAGUUGAAAUGUU